AUCUGUCACAAAGAUUCUUCCUCAUGGCAUGGAUCGGUUUGGUUGAACCCUGUAUCUCUUGAGCAUGUGUCGAGUCUCUUGCAUCAUUUAGGUGCAGUUGAAAGCAAAACUUUUCAAUACGUCAAAUGUUCAAUCGAAGGUAUUUGUCAUGUUCAUGGUUGUAGAGACGUGGUACAUAAAAUUAUCGGAUGUCUGCACGAUGGGGGCAGAACAUGCUUUCGUCACGGAUGGAUGUCGGUUUUUCCAUGUUCUGGGUCAUGAAAUUGCCAAGAGGAGACGCUCGAAGGGAAGAAAGCGCGAGGCACUGAGCCGAUCGCCAACGCUCACGUUGCUGUCGGAAUCGAAACCCGACACUCCGUCCAGUCGUCUGUGCCCUCUCAGCAGCCAGGCACAGCGAAGGCAAGGUGCAGCGCGGCUCAUUACAAUUUGCAAAUGUGACGAGAGAGUGUUGCUAUCCGAUGCAAGAAUGGCCGCGCGACGACGGCGUGGAUCGCCAGUUUGCGAGAAAAUGGACCAUUUGUAGACGAGGCCGAGGACAUUAGUGGGACAGGUGCUUCAUUGUGUGGAAAUCAGGGCUGAGGUCGGAGGAGAACAAGUGGCAACAGCGACUGGAAUAGCGCUAUUGAGUGCAAGGGAGGAGUAGCAUUCAUGUCGGCAGGCAAGAGACUGAAGGUUUCAUCUGCGGAGGAGGGCACAGCUUCUUGUUACAAGCCUGUGAUUCUUGUGGACUUGGGCAAUGGAGUGUGCGGACAGCUCCGAACUGACGGUUCUGACGAUGCCAUAGUGGAGGAGCGAUGGCAGCAGUUCAAAGACGAGCUGCACAAGUCUGAGUUUUGGCACAAAUACAAGGAAAGAUCCGAGAGUCCGAGUUCGGGAUUUGACAAGAAAGCGUACAGGGAAAUCGUUGAGAAGGAGAUUCAGAGAGCUUGGGAUGAAAGUGGGAAGGUGAAAUCGCUGCGCAUUCCUGUCUGUGAGGGGUCCAAGGGUGUUAAGGACGUGAGUGCUGAAUCUCAGGAAAAGGAGGUGGCGAAGAAGUCCUCUGAUUCUGAGCCUGCUGCGGGGGAAAAAGCCCCUGCAAUGGCUCCAUCCGGACGAAUGCGGAGAUACUUGGUAACUGUUGAGUACGCAGGAACACGCUUUUUAGGAUGGCAGAAGCAAAAACAUCGUCCUGAUCUUAGAACUGUUCAGGGAACCUUGGAGGAUGCUUUCAACAAAUUCAUAGGGCAACCUGUUGUUUGUGGUGGUUCAAGCAGAACGGAUACCGGAGUGCAUGCUCUGGCUAAUGUUUGCCACAUCGACGCCGAGCGAGUGAGCAAGAGAAAGCCUGGUGAAUAUCUGCCGCCACAUGAACCCGACGUGGUGAAACGAGCCGUAAAUCAUUUCUUACUGAAAGAUGCCGGUGGAGACUUGAUGGUGACAAACGUGCGAUGUGUGCCACUCGACUUUCAUGCUCGAUUUCAAGCCAGGGAACGCACGUACCAUUAUCGAAUUGUUGCAGGAAAUCCCUUCCCUUCAAUAUUUGAGCGGGAUCGAGCUUGGAACGUUCCAGAGAGCCUGAACAUCAUUGCAAUGCAGGAAGCGGCACAAGAGCUGAUUGGGCACCAUGAUUUCACUUCGUUUCGCGGUACCGGAUGCCAGGCAAAGUCUCCGAUGAAAACUCUCGACGAGCUUCACAUAUGCGAAAUGCCGGCAUGGCCGUGCUUUCCAGCUUUAGAAGAGCGCUUCCCUUAUUCUCCUAAGAACAGAACCGAAGCGGAACUUGACCGGGAGGACUGUGACCAGAGCGAAGGAAGUAAAUCACAUCAUAAUGAUAAUUGUGUGGAGCUGAAAUCUGCAAGGCCUCGUUGCUAUGUCAUAACAGCACGUGCUCGCUCUUUCCUUUACCAUCAGGUUCGGCUUCUCGUGGGAACUCUCAAAGCAGUUGGCUGCGGAUUGUUGACUAAAGACGAUGUGAGAAGGAUCCUUAAGGCUCGAUCCAUCAAAGAAACGCCAGCAAUGGCACCCGCAUUUGGUCUCUAUCUCGCAGACGUGAAAUACGACUUCGAAAAUCCUAAGACGAGGCAGACUUCUGGGAACGACGGGGAUCCCACAGCUAUGCUGAAUGAGUCUCCCUAGGCGUUCUUGUUGAACCAGUUUGAGAUGGUACGACUUACGGAGUUGUUUACAAUUCGAGUAUGAUGACAAAUCGCAUAUCUAUCGUCAUGCUAUGCGAGUUAAAAGAUCGACCUGAUCAUUAAUUUGGAAACAGUAGGUAAUGCAGGCCACCUUACAGUAUAUGUACUAGCAUCACGAAGAAUUCGACUGCAGCUGACUGUUCACAAAAUUCUUGAACAUUAAAUUCCCAGUGGAAUGUUCAUCAUCUAUCAAUUUUGGCACAUUUUCCACGCCUCGUUCUCC